AUGGCCGAAGUAACUUGUUCCGACAAGGAUAACGCUGUGUUAAAUUGCAUUUUCAAUCCUCACCUGCCGCUAGGUGAUGCCUCAGCGGCCACUGCAAAACCAAGUGAUACUUUAAUUGAUAGUGAAUAUGAUUCGCAGUUACUAGAACGAGCGAAGCAAUUAGAAGUAGAAGGGAUCAAGCAUGCGGAAAGAGGAGACGUGGCUAGUGCAAUCAACAAGUUUAGUGAAUCGAUUCAGCUUUUGCCUAGCAGACCGUCCGGUUAUAAUAAUCGAGCGCAAGCACUUCGAUUACAUGGAGACAUCGAUGGUGCAAUGGCAGAUCUUGACAAAACCAUUGAAUUCAGUUCUGGGAAAGGAUUGUCUGCAUCACAAGCUUAUACCCAACGAGCUUUGCUUAAGAAAUUAUCAGGUGAUGACGACGCUGCGUUGGAUGAUUUUAAACGUGCGGCGGCGUUAGGAAACGACUUUGCAAAAGCACAAGUUGUCGAAAUGAAUCCUUAUGCUGCUAUGUGUAACCAAAUGCUUAGUUCAGCUUUUAAGAAACUUAAAGGGGAAAAUUCUUAA